AUGUUCAAGCCGAUCAUGAACAGCAAAACCAACGCAAACACCACCAUGGACACAGAUGAUCUCAUCGAUUCUCUCGUUCACGCUCUUCACGAUUAUGUUCCCAGUCAAGCACAGUACAUCAUUCUUCUCUUCAUCGUACCAUUGGCUAUUCUCUGUAAUCUCUUCGUGCUUUAUCAUUUGCUCAUGGACCGCAACCUUCGCAAAGAAGCACACAAUCAUGUCAUUAUUGCCAUUCUAUUCUCAAGUCUCGAGUUCAAUCUUAUUCAUGCUCCGUUCUCUAUCAAUCUCUUUCGAACUGGUUCGGUGUGGCCACGGUCAAUUAUUGCUUGCAGUAUUUGGCGUUUCACAGCCUAUCUCGGUUGCAAUGCAAAUGAUGUUCUGUUGGCAUGGGCGGCCAUCGAAAGGCACAUUCUCAUCUAUCACAGUAACAUGAUGAGAGUACGUCGUAAUCGAAUAAUCUUUCAUUACAUUCCGCUGGGUAUACUGGUGAUUUAUCUGUUUGGAUUCAAUGCUGCUUGUUUCUUGACACCUGCUUGCUUUGCUAACUACAAUUUCAAUGUGGUGUUCUGUGAUGCAACAUGUUUGAACUCAGUUCCAUUCUUGGCGAGCUGGUAUCUGGCAGUGAAUCAGUUGGUUGCUGCGCUGUUGGCGAUAGUGUUCAGCUUGAUUCUAUGGGUCCGUGUAAUUAGACAACAGAAACAAAUGAGACGCUCGCAUGAGUGGCGUCGAUUCUACAAGUUGAGUAUGCAAAUUAUAGUCAUAACAAUACUGUUUAUUGUCCUCGAAACACCCUACGCUAUUACAUGCACACUUGCUUAUACUGGCCACUUUGGCAACUCGAUCGUUUUUGACUACAGCAACUCGAUCAGUUUGUUCUUGUGUUACAUAAUGCCAAUCAUUAUGCCAUUUGCAUGUUUUCUCGGUUUGUACAAUGAAUUAUGGCCUCGACUCGUAAAACCAUUCAACAGAAUUUUACGGCAUGAAGAAGCAAACAGAAUCAAACCGAUGCUUGCUGCCAAUACAAUGAUUAAUGGCAUAUCCGUCAAAUAA